GAAAAUAAUAGAAGAGGGACGGAGCUGGCAUUUCUUGGCCGCUGGAGAAGACCCUCAGUUUCUGACACGCUUUGUGCAGAAGAAUAAAAAGCACACAUUUCAACAGCACUGGGUUCGUUUUCUGGAACACGACCUUUUUUUGUUUUUUGCUUCAGACACAACUGUUGAAGCUGAAACUGAAGGGACCAAAGCUGUCACUUAGCUGCAACUUCAAACUGACCUCAGACCUUUUGACCCUUUGACUCCGCCUCCUCCAUCAUGUCUUCUGAGGCCACACCUGUCAAGGGAUCUCCACCCGGUACCCCUCCUCCUACCUCUGCAGGAUCCCCAACUUCUCCAGUGUCCCUGCAGCUUCCAGCCAAGUUUAGAGAGCGCUCGCCCUCCCCAUUAAGGGGCUUCCUCAUCCCCAGCCCCUUGCCCACUCGCAGGAACAGGACCUACUCAGCGGCGGCCCGUGCAGCCGAGGGUCCCGUGUUCACCGGUGUGUGCAAAUGUUUCUGUCGCUCCAAGGGCCACGGCUUCAUCACACCAUCAGACGGAGGCAGCGACAUCUUUGUUCACAUCUCUGACAUCGAGGGCGAGUACGUGCCAGUGGAGGGAGACGAGGUGAGCUACAAGAUCUGUUCCAUCCCUCCCAAACUGGAGAAAGUCCAGGCAGUGGAGGUGACCAUAACCCAUCUGAAACCAGGAACCAAACAUGAGACCUGGGGAGGAAGCGUCAUCAGCAAAUGAGCUACAGUCUGUCACUGAGGAGGGGGAGGGGGAGCGGGGCGGGUGAUGCUAAGGGGAGUAUUUUGGGAUUAAAGGGGGCUGGAUAGAAGGAAAGAAUGGGAGCUUAUGAGAAGUUAGGAAAACCCUGGGAUCAGAAACUGUGAUGCAUCAGGAGAGAAGCUGAAAUUAACCAUCUCAAACUGUAGCUGACUACACACUAGUUAAUAAUCUGGAAUAACACUCUGUGGCAUUUCACAGAUUUUAGUUUUCCCAUGUGAGAUUGUCGUUCUGUGUUGAACGUGUUGGAAACUGGACUGCAGCUCUAAAUAUCCUCACUGUGGUACAUCUUGGAAGAGUUUUGACCCACGGCUGAGAUUUCCUGCAUCUGUGAAUAAGCUGACGUUUGUUGCUGGGAAAAAAAAAAGCUAAAAUUAUUUUUCUGGUAAAUCUGUGCCUCUUCUUACCCAGAGACCCUGCAGCUCUUUGUGCCUACAUUUAUCAACCUGUAAUCUGUCUUUGGUUGUGUUUGGAUGGCUGGAAAAGUGAAAUAAAGCAUUUUCAAAUGAAA